UCGCUGCAAUUGUGAUUUGUUUGUACCAACGCUGUAUCCGUUUAUCCAACGUUACGCUAGCUCGGCUUGCCAGGAAUUUUGGCCUUGUUAUUUGAAGACAAUGGCAAAGUGCUGUCGCAAAAGGAAAAGUAAUGGUGGAGUGGUGUAACGACUCCAUCCAGGCAGCUGUCUGGUAGCUUUUUUAGCGCAGGCUGUUUAGCUUUAAACAAAGUAGGCCAACGACAUUUGACAUUGCUCAGUUGUUCUGGCCUCGUAGGCGUUGCAGUUAAAUACUUUGUUCGUUUACUAUGAGCUCCCUAUCAGCCCAGCCUUCGGCAUCAAGCUCAUCAUGCAGGACACUACCUGGAGAGGGAAAUCAGGUACAACCAAAAGCCCCUCUCCUGCAGAUUCUGCGUGUUGCUGGAGCCCAGGAAGAAGUAUUCACACUCAAAGAGGUGAUGCACUACUUGGGUCAGUACAUCAUGGGAAAGCAACUGUAUGACAAACAGAGGCAGCACAUAGUCCACUGCCAGGAUGACCCUUUGGGAGAGCUGCUGGAGGUGGAGAGCUUCUCUGUCAAAAACCCGAGCCCAGUGUAUGAAAUGCUCAAGAAAUACUUAGUUGUGCUUGGUUGUUCUGACGCUGCAGAGAAUCUUUCUGUGGGCCGUGAAUGUGUAGAGGGCGGAGUGGAGGAUCGUGGUCAGAUGUGUGGAGGUGUGGUUAAAGCAGGCCUGGAGGCUUGCAGUGAUGGGCCUCUCCUGCAGACCCCCUCCCAGAGACGACCUCGGGAGCCAGACGAUGACUCCCUUGAAGGCCUGCCACGGUCAGCUUGCAAACGGCCCAAACUGGAUGUUACUCUGGACGAGUGGGACCUCUCUGGCCUGCCCUGGUGGUUUCUGGGUAAUCUCCGUAGUAACUACAGCCGGAGGAGCAAUGGCUCGACUGACAUCCACACAAACCAACUGUCUCCUGCACAGGAGGAGGACACGGCCAUUGUGUCAGACACCACCGACGACCUCUGGUUUCUGACCGAGGGCGGGAGUGAACAGGUGAGCGUGGAGAUGAAAGAAGCUGCACUGGAGGAAGGGAGUGGAGGAGAAGGGGAGGCUCUACCUGAGGAUGAUGAUGGAGGAGGGAAGGAGGAAAAAGCAGAUAGAGAGAUGCAGGAGGAGCCAGAUGAAGACUCGCAGUGUCUGAGCGAUGACACUGAUACAGAGAUCUCCACACAGGAUGCGUGGCAGUGCACAGAGUGCAGGAAGUAUAACACACCUCUCCAGAGGUACUGUGUUCGCUGCUGGGCUCUACGUAAGAACUGGUACAAAGAUGUCCCCCGACUCGCCCAUUCCCUUUCUGUUCCUGACAUCCCAGCAUGCAGCUCUCUCGCCACCCAUGAUGAGGAAGAUGACAGCGACACAGGCAUUGAUGUCCCAGACUGCAGCAGGACAGUGUCUGACCCUGUCAUCCUGCCCUCCCACUCCACAGCUGACCGACCACUGCCCACUAUGGUUACAGGGAAAGGUAAGGGGCCUUGGCUCUCCAGCUUCCACAAGGAUGAGCAGCUCUCAGGAGAGGAGAGUCAGGAAAAUCUGGGCAUGGAGGUUGAAGAAGUUAGGCCUGAGGCACUGUUGGAGCCGUGCAAGCUCUGUCGAGUGCGACCACGCAAUGGAAAUAUAAUACAUGGACGUACGGCUCACCUGCUAACCUGUUUCCCAUGUGCAAGGAGGCUACACAAGUUCCAGGCUCCUUGUCCAGGAUGUGGGAAGAUCAUUCAAAAAGUUAUUAAGAUAUUCAUCCUCUAAAAAGUACACACCCACAUCUGUCAGGCUCUGGGGACCUAAACAACAAAAAAUACAACACACGUUUUCAAACACAGUCGACCAUACAGCUGCAUGCACUCUGGUACACACUCUCUGCUCGUAGACACACGCACAAAACGUGCAGCUUACCAUUAAAACCUACACAGAUAUACACAAACUAUAGCACUUGGUGAAGCUUGCUCUUGGUUGCAUGGUUUAUUUUGCAUCACACUGCCUUUGAAGUAUUGUUAGAUGAAACACAAGAGUUUGUCAUACCAAAUGUUUGUUUUGAUGCCACAUUUAAAUAAGGGACAUACAGCAUACAGGCAAAAGUAUUUAUUUAUUUAUUAGAAGACCACAUAAGAGUACACAGUUUGUGUGAGCUAUUUUUUGACUUCAUGAAGGCUUGUUUUUCAGGCUAUGUGAAUUUUAUCAUUGGUUUUUGCAUUACAUUUGUUGAAUGGUGCCAUUUAAAAACUAGUAUUACCUACCUUAGUUCUGUUAGUUUUGUUUGAUUUUCUUUCUCCAUAGAUUCACUUCAGUCACCUCGACCAAAAAUGGAAGAAUCAGUGCAGGUAUGUAGCUACAAGAAUAUUUCUUUAAGCAUCUUCUAGGCUUAUUUAUUUAUUUAUUUUUUUUAAACCCCUUUCGUAUCCUCUUAGGUAAUGUGACUCUGAGAUUUGAGUAAUGAAGACAAGAUUGAAGGAAGAACAGUAAAUAGUCUUAAAACCAUGAUUAUGUUGCCAACAACUCCAGCUCCAUGAAAGUAUCCUCCUAAGCUUUUCUUUAAAAAAGUGUUCUCUCAGCAUUAAGUGAAUGUAAAAUACAAAUGUGGCUUCAGUCUUGUUUCUCUCAACAUAGUAUUUUAAAAUGUAGAAUUGAAUUUAACCUGCUUGAGAAUGCACAGCUGAAGUAUUUACUGUAAUUUUCUCUCUGGGUAGUAAUUUGAUGUUAAUAUGUAUUCAAUAUUCACAAAUGCCAAGCCUCUGACAGUUAUGCCUGCAGUAAGUAAUGUAAUAUAAUUGUUGGUUAAUGUUUAAAUGUUAGCAUACAGAAAAGGGUAGGCCUACUUUACACCCCUUCCUGAACAUGUAUAUGUAUAUUUUGUAUUUAAUUUAUUUAUGAAUCUGUUUUAAUUGUUAAGAUGACCACCUCUAAUGAAGCAGAAAAAGGCUGCAUAUGUUAGAGUUGUAAUGUGUAAUUUACAGUAAUUUUUUUUUUUCUCGAAAGAUGUACAGAAAGUCAUUAAAGGAACAGGCUAUGUUACCAAAUGUACCCUCAGUGUAGCUGACUGCAUAAUACUUAUUUGGAGUUGCGGGGUUUGAUUUAAGCGUUACACUGCCAUGUAAUGACGUUGAACUUUAAUUUGUAUAUUAUAGAUUUUAUUUUGAUGGUUCUGCAUUGUUUGAAGAUUGUAUCACUGGAGCAUGUAUAUACUAUUUACUUUCAGUGAGUGUGUUCUGCAAAGUAAUUAGUGACAGUAAGCAUUUAACUCUUGGCCCCUGCUUAGUGUAGAGGGAACAUCACAGUUCUUUGAUCUGCUCUUUACUUGCGCUUAAUCUUUCUGCCAGCAGGUGGGGAGAAGUCUCAAUAUUGUAUCUGGUGCCCACAGAAGCUGUACAGGACUAGUAAAAACAACUAAUGCGUAUAUAGAGCAUGGCUCCUGUCAUAAAUAGAGCCAGCACUGAGCUGGUUUGAGAGCUAUAUUAACUAUACAAAAGCUAUAGAAGAUUAAUAUAGCCUGUUGUAUUUAUCGUCAUCAUUGUGCAUCGAGAGAAACAAACUUCCUCUAGAAUACAGACCUCAUGAAAAUAGUACAUAUACCAUUGAUACUAGGUCAAAAUGACAGACUGAAUGACAGAAUUAUUGAUAUUAAGACCUAAAUGUGCUCAAACGCGGUACAGCUAAUAUAGUUGUUUUUUCUACUUGUCAUGGAAUAAAAUAAGUUGUUUUGUAAAGCAA